CAAUGAGGAGCACGGAUAGUGGAAGGUGGCGCCCUUGCCGCCAUAUUUGAGUUCCGGGUAGCUGAAGGGAGGAGAGUUGCGCCCGGGCUUCCUGACUGCCGGCUCCCUAUGGGGGACCCCUGGAUGCAUCAGAAGCAGGAAAUGGAGCCAGUGACCUUUGAGGAUGUGGCUGUAAACUUCACCCUAGGAGAGUGGACUAUGUUGGAUUCCAGUCAAAAGAAGCUCUACAGAGAUGUGAUGAAGGAAACCUUUAUGAACCUGAUUUCCAUAGGGAAAACAGAAGAAGAAGAUAUUGAAGAGUACCAGAAGCCUAAGGGAGACCUGAGAACUCUGAUGGUUGAGAGACUCUGUAAAUAUGAUCGUGGUAAUCAGAAUAGAGAAACCCACCAACAGAGUCCAGAGCAUAUUGUGAAUGAAAAAAUGCCUCCUGCAAUAACCGAGUGUGAAAGAGACAUCAUUGCUCAUUUCCCCUCAGACACACACUUCAAAGGCAAAACUGGUGAGAAGCCAAACCAGUAUCAGGAACAUAUGGAGAAGACUUUAAAAUAUAAGAAAUGUUGGAAGGAUUUCAGUUAUUCUGAGUUGCUUCAGAUACAUAAAAGCCCUCUUAUGAGACAGAUACCUUAUGAAAACAAACAAUCUAACGAAGCCUGUAGGAGUUUCACUUCCGAUCAUGAUUAUGAGGGAACUUACACUGAAGAGAAAUCUUACAUUUGUAAACAAUGUGGGAAAGCAUGGAGUGAUUCCUGUAGCCUUCUCUGGCAUGAAAAAAGUCACGUUCAAGAGAAACGGCACACAUGUAAGCAAUGUGGAAAAGCAUUUAGUCGUCCCUCACAGCUUCACAAACAUGAAAGAAUCCACACUGGUGAGAAACCUUAUGUAUGUACACAUUGUGGAAAAGCAUUCAUUGAUCGCAGAACGUGUUGCAAUCAUGAAAGAACUCAUACUGGAGUGAAACCCUAUGUUUGUAAACAAUGUGGGAAAGCCUUUCUUCGUUCCUGCCAACUUCUCAUCCACGAAAGAAUUCAUACUGGAGAGAGACCUUUUGUAUGUAAACAUUGUGGAAAAGCUUUUACCUACUCCAGUGCUUGUUAUUAUCAUGAAAGAAUUCACACUGGAGAGAAACCCUGUGUUUGUAAGCAAUGUGGGAAAGCAUUUAAAUGUUCUGCAUACCUUCACAUACAUGAAAGAUCUCACAGUGGAGAAAAACCCUAUGUAUGUAAGCACUGUGGAAAAGCCUUUGCUUAUGCUACUGGAUGUCACAAGCAUGAAAGAAUCCACACUGGAGAGAAACCAUAUAUGUGUGUGCAGUGUGGGAAAGUAUUCAGUUUCCCUAGAUCCCUUCACAUACAUGAAAGAUCUCACAGUGGAGAAAAACCCUAUGUAUGUAAGCAGUGUGGGAAGUCUUUCAGUCAGGGAACUUCUUUGAGAAGACAUGAACGAAUUCAUACUGGAGAAAAACCUUAUGUAUGUAAGCAAUGUGGGAAGGCCUUCAUCCAACGGGAUGAUUGUUAUAGUCAUGAACGAACUCACACUGGAGAGAAACCAUACAUGUGUGCUCAAUGUGGGGAAACGUUCACUUUUUCCAAAUCCCUUCAAAUACAUGAAAAAAAUCACACUGGAGAAAAACCCUAUAUAUGUAAGCAGUGUGGAAAAGCAUUUACCUGUUCCACAUACCUUCUUAGACAUGAAAGAACUCACAAUGAAAAGAAACUCUGAAUAAUAUUUCUACCAGCGUAAAUCGUGGGAAUGUCUGACCUCAACUUUUAUCUUGAGGUAUGAACAAAGAAAGCAGAGAGAUAUUAGAUUAUGAGAGCUGCAGAAGUACAAUUUUGGUCCUUGUAUGCAGCUUUCUGUAAGAUGAGAACCUGUACACCAGGUGUGCUGGUGUGUGCCUUUCAUUCCAGCAACAAGAAAAUAGAGGCUAGACAGUUACAGUAUUGAAUGAAGCCUGUGCUAGUUACUGGGUUUAAACAUAACAUGGGAGGUUUAAGAACCAGUUCCAACUAAAUGAAAUUGUCUGUAAAUAUAAGGAAGUUGUGUUUUUACCAAUAAGAUAAAAUUUAUGAAAAUUUCUCAUGUGGUUGAGUCCUAUGAAAGAAAUGUGAAGAUAUUGAAGAUUAAUUUGUUGAGUGUUCCUUAAAAUAAACCACAUGAAAGAGAUACAAUAAGUUCUGAGUAUUUGUUAAAAACUUGAUUAUUUACAUAAGUAUGUUCUGUUUUACCGAGCUUAUAACAUCAGUUUGUCUCAUAACACAGAGAACAUAUGUAUACCAAAGUAACUCAUCAAAAAACCUAUUAAAAACGUUAGUCUAACUCACAA